CGGGAAUAGGGAGAUCAGGCUAGGGUGCAGAGUAGAGAAGAGAGUAUGAAACUAACGCCAUUGUGGCUCCAACGAAGUGUCAGCGUCCUGUAGCAAACAGGAAAGCACAUUGAACCAGCAUGGCUGACACAGCUAGAGUUUCAUAACCUCUAUGCUAAAUCUUAGCUGAGUGAAGGGGAUCCUCUUUGUGCUUUCGCUCCUCGACUAACUCUGACUGCUGGACAUGUCGGAGUUCACACAAGGAGACUUACAAAUCAGCAACAAAAUAAAUAAAUAACCAAGGAGGAAUAGAUUUGAAGCGUUGCAUUUUUAAACAAUGCAUUAAUACAGAAGGUUCGUGGCGACCGGGUUUAUGAAGAUGAGGGUGCCUCAGGUAUGGGUACACUGUGCAUGCAUCACAGGACCUAGUGACUGCUCAGUGAGGGGCGCCAUCCCCUGCAGGACCAUCUCUGUAAACACACACCUGUGAGGAGGGGAGGAAACCACUGAUUCAUCCCCGGAGACCAGCGCUGGGAAUGUCUCGCUGCGCCCCACCAGCCUAGAGCACAGGCCCGUUGUGAGGGGGUGUGGUGGUACAGUUGCUAUUGGCAGACGCAUGACAGGGAGGAGCUUCCUGACUAAUGGAGAAUUACUUCCAAACAGAAGCCUUUAACCUUGACAAGGUGCUGGAUGAGUUUGAACAGCAUGGAGAUGGGACGGACACCCCCACUUUAUCAGAUGCAAAGUGGUCUCAGAUAUUAGCUCCGCCGUCUCAUCUACUCUCCCUCAAUCCAGCCCUGGCGAACCCAGGUGAAAGCGAGGGCCUGUAUACCAGAGAUUCCCAGCUGAGGUUCAAAUCCCUUUCUGAGACACCGGCUGUUGACAAGGGAGGAGGAGGUGGGAAUAACUGCUCAAACGGGAGUGAACGAACCCCAGAUGCUACCCGUUGGAUCAACGAACAUCAUGAAGCAGACAGUCAAACGCUCAACAAAAAUGUGGACUUUGAGGUGUGUCCAAGUCCCCAACAGGAGAACACUGUGGAACAUGACAGCAGGACAAUGUUAAAUGUGGAUACUGGGAGCUGCCCAUCACAGUUUAACAAGGGAAGCCCAGCUCUUGAGAACGGUUCUCCAGAAAUUGUUGGUAUCAAUGAUUGUGCAGGGGGGGGUUGUAAUCUGCCACGCUUUGAGGCCACUUCAGAUAAUCGCAUGGGUAUUCCAGAUUUCAGUUGUUUAGAUGUCUGCAAGAAUGAGGUUUCAGGUCAAUGCGAAGAUAAUCCUUCAGAACUCACUAGUGAUUGUCCCAUUGCUGCAGAAGUAGAAAAAGAGAGCAGUGGUUUGUCUACAGCAGAUGAAUGUACUGUCACUGCUGAACUUGAGAGGAUUGGCUUCGAGCCACCACAGUAUGAGACACUCCAAAAAGAUGGCUUGAUCAUUGGGUCACCAAAGGGAGUUGGGGACACCAGUGAGCCCCACGGGCAUCAGGUCCCUGGGUGCAGAGAGAGCAGUUUUGUAGCAACUGGAUCAGCCGAAUUUAUGGCGCUUGCAGGAGACAAUAUUUUAGAGUCGUGCAAUAGUGGUUAUGCCAAAGCGCAUUCAGAAGGGAUGGUUAAUGGGGGGAUUGCCGGAUUUAGUGAAUUUGGGGAAACCCAGGCACCAGAUCAAAAUGAGCUUGAUGUGUCCUCCAUCGGGGAAUUAAGCCACACCGAAGAGAAUGACAACAUAGCUGUCUGUCUUGCUGUAGAAGGAGAAAGGAAAUCUGAAUCUGCGGUUUGUGCAGAACCCCCCUUCUGCUUUCUUCUGAACGGUUUGGACUCGGAUGAGUUGCAGAGGAUCAUGGAUGAGGACCCUGCCUCCCAGCCUCCUUCCUCCAAAGAAGACUCGGUGACAGAGGAGAAGGAGAUGGAGGAGAGCAAAUCAGAAAGCUAUGAGCAGACAAGGGGUCUUGAGGUGGGUGUGGCAAAUAACGGAAUAACUCCAGGACCUCCCAUCACUUCCAAGAAGCUGAACAGCAGCGGCCUGCAGCCUGUGAGCAUCCCCAUUGGUGGUGCCCGGCCAAAGCAGCCAGUCAAACUCAAACUGCAGAUGCCCCGGCCACUCUCUGGCCAGGUGCAGAACGAGCUCGGGCAGCCUGACAAGAACAAGAACGUGGAGCCGCAGAGUCAGACGAACAUCGGAGAGCUCCUGUCUGGAGGAGAGGGCUUUGGAGUCGAGACAACCUUAGCAGGUCCCAAUGGGGAGCACACUGGAGCCUUUGAUACAGGGUCCUCUCCUACCCCACCUGGCAUGCUGCUGCCCCCUGAUAGUCCUGAUAACGACCUCCAAGCAGAACACUUUGGGGUUCUGUCCAAAAAGCCCUUCUCUGCUCUAGGGGAGGUUGCCCCAGUUUGGGUCCCUGAUUCGCAGGCACCCAUCUGUAUGAAGUGCGAGGCCAAGUUUACCUUCACCAAGAGGAGGCAUCAUUGCCGGGCCUGCGGGAAGGUGUUCUGUGCAGCGUGUUGCAGCCUGAAGUGCAGGCUGGGGUACAUGGAUCGAAAGGAAGCCCGGGUCUGUGUCACUUGUCACUCGGUGCUAAUGAAUGCUCAAGCAUGGCAGGACAUGGUAAGCACCUGCAACCAGAGUCCGAACCCCAACAACCCUGCCGAGUACUGCUCCACCAUCCCCCCCCUGCAGCAGGCACAGGCCUCUGGGGCUCUCGGCUCGCCCCCGCCCACUGUCCUGGUACCAGUGGGAGUCCUGAAGCAGCCUGGCAAUGAAGGCACGCUCCCCCGGGACCAGAGGCGGGUCUGGUUUGCUGACGGGAUCCUGCCAAAUGGAGAAGCGGCGGAGUCUGCGAAGCUAGCAGUUGGUGGGCCAGCCCCUUCAGGACCCCUGGCUGUAUCACAUGACCCCUCCAAACUGCCGGCAGCCAAUCCUGCAGCUACUUCUUUUGAGGCUGCUUCUGACCUUUCUGUCCAGGGGAGUGCUGCUCCGGUUGGCAGCCCCAUAGGGAGCUCAAUGAACCUGAUUCCCAAAGACGGGCUCCCUCCCAUACUCAUUUCCACCGGCAUCAAAGGAGGUACGGGGAGCCAGCUCACAGACUUUGCAGUAGAAGAACAGCCCUCUGAAAUCUCUGUGAUGCAGCAUUUGGAGGAGGGCGGCCCUGACCCACUUGUCUUUGUUCUCAACGCAAACCUGCUGGCCAUGGUCAAGCUGGUCAACUAUGUGAACCGGAAGUGCUGGUGCUUGACGACGAAGGGAAUGCACGCGCUGGGGCAGGCGGAGGUAGGGAUCCUGCUGCAGUGCCUUCCAGACGAGAAGACCAUCCCCAAGGAUAUCUUCAGCCACUUCGUCCAGCUCUACCAGGAUGCACUGGCAGGUAGCAUGGUGGGUCACCUGGGCCACUCAUUCUUCACACAGAGUUUCCUUGGCAGCAAGGAGCAUGGUGGGUUCCUCUACGUCACCCCUUCCUUCCAGUCGUUGCAGGACCUGCUGCUGCCGAACCCCCCCUACCUCUUUGGGAUCCUCAUCCAGAAGUGGGAGACCCCCUGGGCUAAGGUCUUCCCUAUUCGCCUCAUGCUGCGUCUGGGAGCAGAGUACAGAUUCUAUCCCUGCCCGCUGUUCAGUGUCCGAUUCAGGAAGCCUCUGUUUGGGGAGACUGGCCACACCAUUAUGAACCUGCUAGCGGAUUUUCGAAACUACCAGUACACGUUGCCAGUGGUGAGUGGAUUGGUAGUUGAUAUGGAAGUGAGAAAGACCUCCAUCAAGAUUCCCAGCAACAGGUACAACGAGCUGAUGAAGGCGAUGAACAAGUCGAAUGAGCAUGUGCUGGCGAUGGGGGCCUGUUUUAAUGAGCGGGCAGACUCUCACCUGGUCUGUGUUCAGAAUGACGAUGGGAACUAUCAGACUCAGGCAAUCAGCAUCCACUCCCAACCACGGAAAGUUACAGGAGCUAGCUUUUUUGUGUUCAGCGGUGCUUUGAAAUCAUCAUCUGGGUACCUAGCCAAGUCCAGCAUUGUAGAAGACGGAGUGAUGGUACAGAUCACAGCAGAGACGAUGGAGGCUCUUCGGCUGGCGCUGCGGGAGAUGAAGUCCUUCACGAUCCCCUGUGGGAAAGCAGACCAGGAGGAGCCCCAGGAACACGUGCAGGUGCAGUGGGUGGAGGAGGACCGGAACUUCAACAAGGGGGUCAUCAGCCCCAUUGAUGGAAAAUCCAUGGAGUCCAUCACUAGUGUGAAGAUAUUCCAUGGCUCCGAGUACAAAGCCAAUGGAAAGGUCAUCCGGUGGACAGAGGUGUUUUUCCUCCAGAGCGAUGACCAGCCAAACGGCCCGAAUGACCCUGCUGACCACAGCCGCCUGACUGAGAGCGUGGCUCGAGCGUUCUGCGUGGCACUCUGCCCUCACCUCAAACUGCUCAAGGAGGAUGGGCUGGCCAAGCUGGGACUGCGUGUGACGCUGGAUUCUGACCAGGUGGGGUACCAGGUCGGCAGCAAUGGGCAACCUUUGCUCCCUCAGUACAUGAAUGACCUGGACAGUGCCCUGGUGCCAGUGAUCCAUGGUGGAGCCUGCCAGCUGAGUGAGGGGCCUGUGGUGAUGGAGCUCAUUUUUUACAUCCUUGAGAACAUUUCCUAGAGGGGAAAAGGUCCCAGUGGCACCUCUUCCUCCUGCUACAUCGACUUUGCUCAAUCAUUUGCACUUGAAAUUGCCUAAAAGCUGUGCUGGAAAGCGUUCCUCUCGACUCCAGAUAUUCUAUGCACCGUUUCAGACUUCUUUCAGGACCAGGGCAGCUGAGUGUCAGACAGACACAGGACAGUCUUCAUCUAGGAUUGUUCUACUGGGAACAGGGCCAGCCUUACCAAGCUAACAGGUUACCACGUGAAAGUGGUACCCCUCAAAACAACUGUUAUAUUCUGAAAUUCUUGUCACUGUGAUGCCCCUGGGCGCUGACUGUGGGGUGCACCUUGGUUUAUUGUGGAGCCUUUGAGGAUCUCAUUAUUGCUGCCCUAUGUUGCCCCACAUUUGGUACCCACCAGAGGCUGGCUGUUAAUACACAAGGCACCCAGAUUGGAGAUGAGCAGAAGAGCAUGUGAAAGUAGUCUUCAUUCACAACAAGGACUUUCCUCUUCCACAGAAAUUGUGCUCAGAGGUUAUAUAAAA